ACGCCCCCCUCUUUCCCUCCCCCUUCUUCCUCUUUUGCUCUUCCUCGCUCUGAUGUUCCUUUCUCUGUUCUUCUGCUGAGCCUUUUUGACACCAAACCCACUUUUCCCCUAAUUUGCUCACCCACCACUCUCGCUCAUCAAUUCACUACCAGCUUCAACCGGCCAUCGCUGGACCCCAAACCCACCAUCUCUCUUCUGCUUCCCCGGCUCAAACCCCGCUCAAUCUUGUGUUUUCUGCGUUUAAAUUCUUGUGUCUGAACUGGGUAAUCCUUAAUCAGUACACAUAACAACAUAAGCUGAGAAAGUUCCAAUUUUUCCUUCGGGGUUUCUUCGAGCCAUGGAAAACGCCUUCUUUGUGUGUGGAGGAACACUCGUCCCACCACCGACAUUGCAGGUUGAAUCAUCAUCAUCGUCACCGAUGUUGUUUUUAUCCACUUGGCAAUCGCUCUCUUCUGCCCUGGAUGCUCAGUCCUCAGAGCUUAACUGCCUCUACAACCCAAGCUGGGAAAAGUCAACAACAGAUCGUGGGCUGGCCAAGUUUGACUCUGCCCUGACCUCCAUUGGGUCCUCGCCUGCAGGUUCCACCUCUAACUCCAACUUAUCCAGUGACAGCCUUGUGAUGAGGGAACUGGUUGGGAAGCUCGGUGGCGUUGGCAAUUCCAGCGAGCUUCCGCCGCAUUCUCAUCACUUGUUCGCCGCCAUGCCGGCAAAGGCGGAUUCUCAUUUUGGUGGAGAUAACAGAGCCAACAAUUCAUGUUACAGCACUCCCGUGAACUCCCCGCCGAAGCUGAAUGUGCCCCCCGUGAUGGAUCACUUGUUUCAGGACAGUCAUCACUUGCCUAAAUUGGGACAUGCCGUGAUGCCUUUGAACUCUGGCCUAGCAGAGUUCUCACCCGAUCCUGGGUUCGCGGAGCGAGCGGCGAGGCUCUCUUGCUUUGGCAGCAGGAGCUUCAAUGGCCGUUCAGGCCAAUUUGGCAUGAAAUAUGACGAAAUCGUGAAUAGAUCCAUGCCGCCGAUGGCGAACCGGAAGUUGGCUCGGGUUUCCAGCAGCCCAUCCCUCAAGGCACUCGAAUCUCAAAUGGCUGCUGAGCAGAACAAGGAUUCGCCACCGCAGGACAGAGAAGAAUUGUCAAAUUCCCAAGGGGGAUCUUCGUUGUCAGAGCAAAUCCCGAGCGAAGAAAUAGGUCUGAGAGCUUCCAGCGAUGCCGGCUCGCGGAAAAGAAAGGUGGCCCCCAAAGGGAAGGCGAAGGGAUCCGCAGGAACCUUGCCAUCUUCAACUGAUGCGAAGGUUGAUGAGGAUCACGAAAAUUCCGAUGCCAAGAGAUGCAAGCACGAUGAAAGUGUAGGAAAUGAGAACUGCUCAGGCAAGGCCGAGCAUGGUCUGAAAGGAAGUACUGGAGCUGCAUCAGAAAAAGACAAACAAACCAAGACCGAGGUGAAAGACUACAUUCAUGUCAGAGCAAGGCGGGGUCAGGCAACCGAUAGCCAUAGCCUUGCUGAGAGAGUGCGUCGGGAGAAGAUCAGCGAGCGCAUGAAAAUUCUCCAAGACCUCGUGCCGGGGUGCAACAAGGUGACUGGAAAGGCCCUUAUGCUCGAUGAGAUCAUCAACUACGUCCAGUCGUUGCAACAUCAAGUCGAGUCCCUUUCUAUGAAGUUGGCUUCUGUAAAUACCAGUCCUGAUUAUAAAGUGGAUGCUCUUAUGUCAAAGGAAAUGUUUCAAUCAAACGGCGCAAUUCAAUAUCCUAUCCUUCCGCCAGAUUCGUCGGCGGCAUCCGUCUUAUACGGCCACCGCCAGCACCAGGAAAACGCAGCAGUAUAUAACAACAUCACGGAGGGGAGACCCACACAAUAUCCAAUGGACCCACUAAAUGAGCUGCAGUUUCCUCCAUUGGAGGGAUCGAACGAUCAUUUUCCCGCGUCCUUCUGCGGAGAUGACCUGCAGAUGCUGGUUCAAAUGGGUUUCGGCCAAGAGAUGCUGACAGAAGCAGCAAUGGAUCAUCGGAAAAAUCAAGGUCAAAACCAGAUCUCCCCCAUGAAAAUUGAGCUCUAGCAAGCUACUCGAAUUUUCCUCACUGACUGCCUGGUGACGGAUACCCUGUAUAUACAAGCUGUGUUGUUCGGAAAGUUUGCAAGAUUGCCGAGCAAUUUGAUCCUCGGCCCGAUGAAGACAAAUUUUUUCACCCUAUUAUUCUUUUCCUGUUAGUAAAGUUGUCUAUGAUCUUGUCUAUUAGUUUCAGAGGUAGUCUUCUUGGCGUAUACACCUUUACAGCACCGAAUCUAGUAUUAUAUCCACGAGUAGCUUUCAUAUUCCUACCUGUUGGACAUUGUAACCUCAUGAUUUCAAGAGGAAAUUAUUCUAAAUGAAUUGGAGGGAAAUGGUUUUCGUACUUAA